AUGACAAGUUGUACCAAAAACAUUCUAAAUAGUACUCUAAAAUUGCUACUUUCUCCCCUUCACGAAAACAUGUGGCAACACCAUCGUUCUUCAGGAAAACACCUGUCAGCACAAUUGUUAAGCACGUGUGCUUUUCCAUUCCCAUUCCAUCACAAUAUCAUUCAAACCCUUUCUCCACAAGCUCUUCUCUCAACUCUCAAGACUGUGCAUCCCUCUUUAUUGGACUUGCAGAGUCCAAAUUGUGGACAUGAGUCGAGAGCGAGAAAGUCUGGAGAAGAAAAUCAGAUUUCAUAUUUUGAUUUUGGAAGAUACAGAGAAAGUAUCUUUCUCAUUUUGAUGCUGCUGGAAAAGAAAAGUCUUUCUGGAUUCUCAAUAUCUACAACUUCACUUGGUAUGAAGGACCAAUUAUUAGGAACUAGGAAGGUGGGAGUAACAAAGAUGAUAGGUAGGUUUUCCAUGUUUUUUGUCACCUCAACGCUCCAAAUUCAAAAUGAAGUGGAUAUGUCUUUUUCAGUUAUGUUUGUUGAAUCAAACUUUUGUUUAAGUAAAUAUUCACUAUUAUUAAACUAA